UGAAUGUUGGCUAAUAAUAAUAUUCAAUUUGAAAAGAAAAAGGACUUGGUUUCGUUUCGUGAAAUCCUGAAGACCUAACGCGUAAAUCAUUCAUUCCCUUGAAUCUCUCUCUCUCUCUGGGUAAAUUCGUCACCGUCUCCUCCAAAUCUAUCUUCGUCGUCUCAUCUGUCCUCCCUCUGCUUCGAUAACAAGAGGAAACACAAAAAAAAAAUAAAAAAAAAUUGGGAGGGAUGGGACAAGCAUUUCGUAAGCUAUUCGAUACUUUCUUCGGCAAUCAAGAGAUGAGGGUGGUGAUGCUGGGGCUGGAUGCUGCUGGGAAAACUACUAUUCUCUACAAACUUCACAUCGGAGAAGUUCUCUCUACUGUUCCCACCAUUGGAUUCAACGUUGAGAAAGUUGAGUACAAGAAUGUGAUGUUCACGGUUUGGGAUGUCGGUGGCCAAGAGAAACUCAGACCUCUUUGGAGGCACUACUUCAAUAACACUGAUGGUCUUAUAUACGUGGUAGACUCUUUGGACCGAGAGAGGCUUGGGAAAGCAAAGCAAGAAUUUCAGGAGAUCAUAAAAGACCCAUUCAUGCUCAACAGUAUCAUUCUGGUCUUUGCAAACAAACAAGACAUGAGAGGAGCCAUGUCACCGAGAGAAGUAUGUGAAGGGUUAGGCUUAUUUGAUCUCAAGAACAGGAAGUGGCACAUACAAGGAACUUGUGCUCUUCGUGGCGACGGCCUUUAUGAAGGCUUGGAUUGGUUAUCAUCUACGCUUAAGGAUGUCAAAGCCGCUGGAUUCACCUCCGUCGGACCCUCGUUCUAACUCUUUCACGCUGGUAUCAAAGCAGUAAUCACACCAAAACAAAAUCAGAACCACUAAAUCCUUUUGUUAGGGAAAGAAUCAUCCUUCUCUCAUGGUGCCAAACCUUACAAUAGACUCAAUUUGACUACUUUUUUUAUUUUAUUUUGGAUCAUGCUGCCAUGAGAGCCUUCACUGUAUAUUAUGUUGAUGAAGUUUGUAUCAUCUCUAAACGUUCCCUUUUGGGGUCAUCUUUUGUCCGAUUGAAAUUUAGUUUAUAAUAUUCAUUUGAAAUCA